CGUGACCUCUAGAUGUAAGGGGAGAUAAUCCACAGCAGAGGUCAAUUCAUAACCAGGCUUUCCAUUAACAACAGUUGUUAAAUUAAUAAGGUCUAAGUUAUUACGGACGUUUUUGUUUUGUUUUGUUUUUCUAUUGUUAUUUUGUCAAUUGAGCGAAGAGAGGAAAAUCAUUUCUGUCUUUGCAUUCUGUUAAGAUUUAUAUCUAAAAUCCUCAGGAAUGGUGUUUUUAACGCCGGUAAAUGCUGUCCGGAAUCGAGGACCACACAGGUUUUGGAAACGUGCAAUGUACAGAAGAUUAGCAUGGCAUUUCUUUGGUCGUAAGAGGAACUGUUAUUCCAUUUCCAUCCGCUAUGUACAUAGGGCUUUACGUUAUUCUACCUGGGGUAGACGGCUGAAAAAAGCUGAUGCCAAAGAGUUAUUUAUGAUCAGGCUCAAUGCUGCUUGUCAAGAACAUGGUAUUGGAUGUAUGAAAUUUUUAGAUGGUCUUGCUAGAGCUGACAUAUCUCUAAAUCGCAAAGUAUUAGCCGACAUCGCCAUCUAUGAACCACGCACGUUUAAGAGUUUAACUGAAUUAGCAAAACAACAUCACAAAGAAAUGGGAUUCACACCAAAAGGCCUUGAUGGUCCACCUCCUGGCAUUAUUUUGCGUACAAUGCUGUGAUAGAGACAAUUUUUUAAAUACUUUUUUGUUGUGUUUUAGAUAUUCUUUUCAAUAAAAAUUCUAUCUGUAAAAAAAAUAAAUAAUGACAAAACAAAAA